GAAGGCCAGGAGGGUUAGGGUUCCAUCUAUUCAGCUGGCCGUUCGCAGGAGCCGCGCUCUGUGUCCCGACCUUUCAUCGGUUCCGCCGGCAAAUUGUGGUCCAUCGCGUACUAUUUCUUGCUCUUCUCCCAAUAUGAGCGCCUCCGGUGGUAACUCAGACUUUUUCAGAAGUCCGGCUGGUUCGACCAUCGGAGGAAACGGUGCCGGCGGUGGUUCUAGGAGAUACGGUUUGCCGUUUUCGGUUUCCGAUUUGAUCCAGGCUCCGUUGUCUGCUCUGCUGGAGUAUUCUGGGAUUCUUCGUCCGAGAUCAGUCCACCUAGAGAGUGAGAGCUUGAGCGGCCGUAGAAUCAUCGCCAGCACAGGGGAGCGUGCUCCCGGUCAGGUGGACGAAUCCUUUGUCACUGAUAGCAGGGACGGGGAAGUAUCCAUUAGGAUCUUUGACGUUGGCGAUCAGGAGAAUCCAAGAACGAGCGCUGGUAUUCAGCAGCCACUGUCUGUUGGCCCGCUCAGGGAGGGUAGUCUUGGAGAUCAUGGUGUAUCUAUGGAGCAGAUGCAGAUGGAUUCAGAGAGACAGAGAGGAGAUGGAGGGAGCAGUGAUGCCGGAGUUGGAGUCUCCACUUUUGCCGGAGCUACGCAGUCUCCAUCGGUUUUGGGCGUUGGGGGGCAGAGUGUGGAAGGGGAAGGGAGCGUAGCAGGAGGUAAUGCUAGGGAUUCAGCAUACCAGAGAUACGAUAUACAGCAGGCUGCUAGGUGCAUUGAGCAGGUUCUUCCAUUCUCGCUGCUUCUUUUAGUAGUUUUCAUCCGACAGCAUCUACAAGGUUUCUUCAUAACGAUUUGGCUGUCUGCUGUAAUGUUCAAGUCAAAUGAUUUAUUGUGUAAGCAGACAGCCUUGAAGGGAGAGAGGAAAAUUUCAGUACUUGUUGGAAUUGGAGUAAUAUUCACCAUUCAUGUGAUUGGAGUGUAUUGGUGGUACUGCAAUGAAGAGCUGCUUUAUCCCCUGGUUUUGCUUCCCCCAAGUGAAGUUCCACCAUUUUGGCAUGCAAUAUUUAUCAUUAUGGUGAAUGAUACCAUGGUGCGUCAGGCAGCUAUGGCUGUGAAAUGCGUCCUUUUAGUGUGUUAUAAGAAUAGUAGAGGCUGUAACUAUCGGAAACAGGGUCAAUUGCUAACCAUUGUGGAAUAUCUAGUGCUGCUGUAUCGAGCAUUAUUACCAACACCAGUUUGGUAUCGUUUCUUCCUGAACAAGGAAUAUGGUAGCCUUUUCUCCUCCCUUACAACAGGGCUGUAUCUAACUUUUAAGCUAACAUCUGUGGUUGAAAAGGUUCAAUCAUUUAUGUCAGCAGUGAAGGCAUUGUCACGGAAAGAAAUGCAUUAUGGAUCUCAUGCCACAGUCGAUCAGGUCAUUGCUGCGGGUGAUACCUGUGCUAUCUGCCAGGAGAGAAUGCAUGCUCCCAUCCUACUCCGGUGCAAACACAUUUUCUGUGAGGACUGCGUUUCUGAAUGGUUUGAGAGGGAGCGCACAUGUCCUUUGUGCCGGGCGCUUGUGAAGCCGGCAGAUCUUCGAUCAUUUAGUGAUGGUUCGACCAGUCUUUUCUUUCAGAUUUUCUAGCUAGCAUAUUUAAAGAAGAGUUAUACUUGGCUCCACAGAGGAAAAGCUGCCCUGAGAUGCAUGGGCGGCUCCCCUAAAAUGCUUGGAAGGCUGUUUAAGUGCGACAGAUUCGUGCACAUCUGGUGGAGAUGUUUAUUUAAUGUACCCAAAAAAAAAAAGGUGAAUUUUCAUCCGCUAGUCAAUUUAAUACCAAGUGAAAAGUAGUAUUGUUAUUAUUUUUUUUGUACAUGUAUCCUUCAAAUGCUGAUGAAGAAAAAACUAUUAUUUAAAUAAGAU